AUGUCCUCCUCCCUCCUCCUCCUCCUUUCUCUCUUCUUCCCUUCCUCCCUCUCCGCGGCGGUGACUGGCCAAUCGUCGGCCUCGCCGUCCAACAGCUCCACUGUCUACGACAUCCUCCAGGAGUACAACCUCCCUCCCGACAUCCUCCCCGACACCGUCAAGUCUUUCUCCGUCGCUUCCAACGGCUACAUCGUCAUCGAUCUCUACGGAGAGUGCUACAUCGACUUCGAGUACGUCGUCUACUACGCCCCACGCGUGUCUAGCUUCCUCGGCUACGGCUCCGUCUCCAACCUCGAGGGUGUCCAGAUCCGGAGCUAUCUCAUCUGGUACGACGUCAGCUACAUCAAGGUCGACCUCCCCUACUCCGAUUUCAUCUACAUCCAGUUCGGCUGGGUCACUCGCAAGCUCGGCAUUGACCAGUUCCAGCACAUACACUCUUGCAGAGGGAUUCUCUCUCUGUUUCAUCGCGCCAAGAAGGUUGCCCGUUCAGCGUUCGAGCUGCUGAAACCCUCCCUCGACUUUGCUGGUGCCAGCCUCAACAACAUCUAG